UCCGCUGUUUUCUUUGGUCUCUGCACCCAGGUGCUCUAUGCUUAUUUAUAUUUUUAACACCUCUUUCUUCUCAGGAAUACACUGGACUCUUGAACAGCAUGGGGUAUUAUAGCUGCCGAUGCUACAGAGUUGAAAACCCACAAAUAAUUUAAUUAGCUUUCUCCUCUCCCAGUUCCACAUCAGUGAAUUCAACCAACCACGGAUCAUAUAAUAUUGUAGUAUUUCUUACUAAAAAAAAAAAAUCCACCUGUAAGUGGACCUGUAGGAUUUAAACUGUGUUGUUCAGUGGUCAACCAUAUUUACCAUAGUCAAAGCAUAUUGACAUUAACCACAGUUUUAUUUGCUCCUUUUCUAAGAAAUAAUGCAGUUUAUAUCUUUCAGCUUACAUCAUUUGUUAUAGAAUUUGAAGUUCUUUGCACUUUUUUUCCAUCCAAGGCAAAUUUGUAUUGUCCACUGAUCACCCAGACUUGUAACUGGAAAAAAAAAUUGCAAUUUAUGUGUGAAAUUUCUGCUGCUGAUAUUGUACUUUUCUUUUAUAGAGUGGAAAACCACCCAUCAGUGAUAUGUUUACAGACCUCAAGGAUGGAAGGAAGCUAUUGGAUCUUCUAGAGGGCCUCACGGGAACUUCACUGCCGAAAGAACGUGGCUCCACAAGGGUGCACGCUUUAAAUAAUGUCAACAGAGUGCUGCAGGUUUUACAUCAGAAUAAUGUGGAUUUAGUGAAUAUAGGAGGAACGGACAUUGUAGAUGGAAAUCACAAACUGACUUUAGGAUUACUUUGGAGCAUCAUUUUGCACUGGCAGGUGAAAGAUGUCAUGAAGGAUAUCAUGUCAGCCCUGCAGCAGACCAACAGCGAGAAGAUCCUGCUGAGCUGGGUGCGCCAGUCCACGAGGCCGUACAGUCAGGUCAACGUCCUCAACUUCACCACCAGCUGGGCAGAUGGGCUCGCCUUCAAUGCCGUGCUCCACCGGCAUAAACCUGAUCUCUUCAGCUGGGAUAGAGUUGUCGAUAUGUCCCCAAUUGAGAGACUUGAACAUGCCUUCAGCAAGGCUCAAACUUAUUUGGGAAUUGAAAAGCUAUUAGAUCCUGAAGAUGUCGCAGUUCAGCUUCCUGACAAGAAAUCCAUAAUUAUGUAUUUAACAUCUUUGUUUGAAGUGCUCCCUCAGCAAGUCACCAUAGAUGCCAUUCGUGAGGUAGAAACACUUCCAAGGAAAUAUAAGAAAGAAUGUGAAGAGGGAGAAAUUAACAUACAAGUACAGAGCUCGGCACCAGAGGAGGAGCAAGAGAGUCCCCGAGCUGAGACCCCCAGCACUGCCACGGAGGUUGACAUGGAUCUGGACAACUAUCAGAUAGCACUGGAGGAAGUGCUGACCUGGUUGCUUUCUGCCGAGGACACUUUUCAGGAGCAGGAUGACAUUUCUGAUGAUGUGGAAGAAGUCAAAGACCAGUUUGCAACCCAUGAAGCUUUUAUGAUGGAGCUGACAGCACACCAGAGCAGUGUGGGGAACGUCUUGCAGGCAGGAAACCAACUGAUAACACAAGGAACUCUGACAGAUGAAGAGGAGUUUGAGAUUCAGGAACAAAUGUCCCUGCUGAAUGCCAGAUGGGAGGCGCUCAGAGUCGAAAGUAUGGACAGACAGUCCCGGCUGCACGAUGUCCUCAUGGAACUCCAGAGGAAACAGCUACAGCAGCUGUCCGCCUGGUUGACGCUCACAGAAGAACGCAUUCAAAAGAUGGAAACUUGCCCCCUGGAUGAUGACUUAAAAUCCCUGCAAAAGCUGCUAGAAGAUCAUAAAAGUUUGCAGAAUGAUCUUGAGGCUGAACAAGUGAAAGUGAAUUCCCUGACUCACAUGGUGGUGAUUGUUGAUGAAAACAGUGGCGAGAGUGCUACAGCUGUUUUGGAAGAUCAGUUACAGAAACUUGGUGAACGCUGGACGGCUGUGUGCCGAUGGACUGAAGAACGUUGGAAUAGGUUGCAGGAAAUCAACAUUUUGUGGCAGGAAUUAUUGGAAGAACAGUGCUUGUUGAAAGCAUGGUUAACUGAAAAAGAAGAAUCUUUAAAUAAAGUCCAGACGAGCAACUUCAAAGACCAAAAGGAGCUAAGUGUCAGUGUUCGACGACUGGCCAUUUUGAAGGAAGACAUGGAAAUGAAGCGCCAAGCAUUGGAUCAGCUGAGUGAGAUUGGCCAGGAUGUGGGGCAGUUACUUGAUAAUCCUAAGACAUCCAAGAAGAUCAACAGUGACUCAGAGGAACUGACUCAGAGAUGGGAUUCUUUGGUUCAGAGAUUGGAAGAUUCCUCCAACCAGGUGACUCAGGCUGUUGCAAAGCUGGGAAUGUCCCAGAUUCCUCAGAAGGAUCUUUUAGAGACGGUUCGCCUAAGAGAACAAGUAACUACAAAAAGGUCUAAGCAAGAGCUGCCUCCUCCUCCUCCCCCAAAGAAGAGACAGAUCCCUGUGGAUUUGGAAGCUAAAAAAAAGUUUGAUGCUAUAAGUGCUGAGCUGUUGAACUGGAUCUUGAAAUCAAAGACUGCCAUUCAAGCCACAGAGAUAAAAGAGUAUAAGAAGAUGCAAGAAACGUCAGAAAUGAAAAAGAAGUUGAAGGGAUUAGAAAAAGAACAGAUGGAAAUAAAACCCCGACUGGAUGAAUUACACCAAACUGGACAAAUCCUUUUGGAGCAAAUGGGAAAAGAAGGUCUGCCUACUGAAGAAGUAAAAAAUAUUUUAGAGAAGGUAUUAUCUGAAUGGAAGAAUAUAUCACAGCGUUUGGAAGAUCAGGCGAGAAAAAUACAGCUGCAGGAAGAUAUUAAUGCUUAUUUCAAGCACCUUGAUGAGCUUGAAAAGAUCGUAAAGACAAAAGAAGACUGGGUAAAACACACUGCCUCUUCAGAAUCUCCCCAGGAGUCUGUGCCAAGCUUGAAGGACUCCUGUCAGCGGGAGCUGACAAACCUGCGUAGCCUCCACCCCAGAAUUGAAAUGCUGCGUGCAAGUUGCUCAGCCUUGAAGUCUCGGCCUUUCGCCCCAGACUUUGUCCAGCAGGAUUUCGAGAGCGUGGCGGGCCGCUACCAAGCCGUGCAGCAGGGCUUAGAAGAGCGCCACCAACAGCUCGAGAACGAACUGAAGAGCCGACCUGGACGUGUGUAUUUGGAAACAUUGAAAACACUGACAGAUCUGCUAAAUGACUCUGAAAAUAAGGCCCAGAUGCCUUUGAAUGUCUUGAAUGAUCUUGCAAAGGUGGAGAAGGCCCUCCAAGAAAAAAAGGCUCUUGAUGAAAUCCUGGUGAAUCAAAAACCUGUGUUACAUAAACUUGCAGAAGAAACAAAGGCUUUGGAGAAAAAUGUUUCUCCAGAUAUAGAAAAAACAUAUAAGCAAGAAUUUGAUGAUGUUCAAGGAAAGUGGAACAAACUGAAGGUCAAGGUUUCCAAAGAUUUGCAUUUGCUUGAAGAAAUUACCCCCAAGCUCAGAACUUUUGAGGCUGAUUCAAAAGUCAUUGAGAAGUGGAUGGAUGGUGUGAAAGACUUCUUAAUGAAAGAGCAGGCUGUCCAAGGAGAUGCCGAAGGGCUACAAAGACAGCUUGACCAAUGCUCUGCAUUUGUUAAUGAAAUAGAAACAAUCGAAUCGUCUCUGAAAGACAUGAAAGAAAUAGAGGCUAACCUUCGAAGCUGUCCAGUUGCUGGAAUCAAAGCCUGGAUGCAAACAAAACUAGUUGACUGCCAAUCACAACUGGAGAAAUUUAGCAAGGAGAUCGCUAUUAAAAAAAAUAGGUUGUCUGAAAGUCAGGAAAAAGUGGUGAACCUGAAAAAAGACUUGGCAGAGAUGCAGGAAUGGAUGACCCAGGCAGAAGAGGACUACCUGGAGAGGGACUUUGAAUACAAGUCACCAGAAGAACUUGAGAGUGCUGUGGAAGAGAUGAAGAGGGCGAAAGAGGACGUGCUGCAGAAGGAGGUGCGAGUGAAGAUUCUCAAGGACAGCAUCAAGUUAUUAGCUGCAAAAGUGCCCUCUGGUGGCCAGGAGCUGACAUCCGAGCUGAAUGUCGUGCUGGAGAAUUACCAGCUUCUCUGUAAUAGAAUUCGAGGAAAGUGCCACACCCUGGAGGAGGUAUGGUCUUGUUGGAUUGAACUGCUUCACUAUUUGGAUCUUGAGACCACCUGGCUAAACACUUUGGAAGAGCGCAUGAAAAGCACAGAAGCCCUGCCUGAGAAGACAGAAGCUGUCAACGAAGCCCUGGAGUCUUUAGAAUCUGUUUUGCGACAUCCAGCAGACAAUCGCACCCAGAUUCGGGAACUUGGCCAGACUCUGAUUGAUGGAGGAAUCCUCGAUGACAUAAUCAGUGAGAAACUGGAAGCUUUCAACAGUCGAUAUGAAGACCUCAGUCAUCUGGCAGAGAGCAAGCAGAUUUCUUUGGAAAAGCAACUCCAGGUCCUGCGGGAAACUGACCACAUGCUUCAGGUCUUGCAGGAGAGUUUAGGGGAGCUGGACAAGCAGCUCACAACGUACUUGACUGACAGGGUAGAUGCCUUCCAAGUUCCGCAGGAAGCUCAGAAAAUCCAAGCAGAGAUCUCAGCCCAUGAGCUGACUCUAGAGGAGUUGAGAAGAAGUACGAGGUCUCCACCCCCGACCUCCCCAGAGGGCCGGACUGCCAGGGGAGGAAGUCAGAUGGAUGUGCUGCAGAGAAAACUUCGAGAGGUGUCCACAAAGUUCCAGCUUUUUCAGAAGCCUGCUAACUUUGAGCAGCGCAUGCUUGACUGCAAGCGCGUGCUUGAUGGUGUGAAAGCAGAGCUUCAUGUCCUGGACGUGAGGGAUGUGGACCCUGAUGUCAUACAGACCCACCUGGACAAGUGUAUGAAACUCUAUAAAAUUUUGAGUGAAGUCAAGCUUGAAGUGGAGACUGUAAUCAAAACAGGAAGGCACAUUGUCCAGAAACAGCAAACCGACAAUCCCAAGGGGAUGGACGAACAGCUGACUUCUCUGAAGGUUCUCUACAACGACCUGGGCGCCCAGGUGACAGAGGGAAAGCAGGAUCUGGAAAGAGCAUCCCAGCUGGCUCGGAAAAUGAAGAAAGAGGCUGCCGCUCUCUCUGAAUGGCUUUCUGUUACCGAAACCGAAUUAGUACAGAAAUCCACUUCAGAAACUUUGCUUGGUGAUUUGGAUACAGAAAUUUCCUGGGCUAAAAAUAUUCUGAAGGAUCUGGAAAAAAGAAAAGCUGAUUUAAAUGCCAUCACAGAGAGCAGUGCUGCCCUCCAGAACCUGAUCGAGGGCAGCGAGGCUGUUUUAGAAGAGAAGCUCUGUGUCCUGAAUGCCGGGUGGAGCCGGGUACGUACCUGGACUGAGGAUUGGUGCAACACCUUGAUGAACCAUCAGAACCAGUUGGAAAUAUUUGAUGGAAAUGUUGCUCACAUAAGCACCUGGCUUUAUCAAGCUGAAGCACUGUUGGAUGAGAUCGAAAAAAAGCCAGCAAGCAAACGAGAAGAAAUUGUGAAGCGUUUACUCUCUGAGAUGGAUGAUGUCAACCUCCAAGUACAAAAUGUCCGAGAUCAAGCUGUUGUUUUGAUGAGUGCACGUGGAGGCUCAAGCCGGGAGCUUGUAGAACCAAAAUUAGCUGAAUUGAACAGAAAUUUUGAAAAGGUCUCUCAACACAUCAGAAGUGCCAAAUUGCUAAUUGGCCAGGAACCAUUAUCAUACCCGUGUCUGGUCACCAGUGAAGCAUUUGAAGUUGGUGUGCCUUUCUCUGACUUGGAAAAAUUAGAAAGUGACAUAGAUAAUAUGUUAAAAGUUAUGGAAAAACACUUGGAAUCCAGUGAUGAAGAUGAAAAGAUGGAUGAGGAGAGAGCCCAGAUCGAGGAAGUUCUACAAAGAGGAGAACAAAUGUUGCAUCAACCUAUGGAAGAUACUAAAAAAGAAAAGAUCCGUUUACAGUUACUACUUUUGCAUACAAGAUACAACAAAACUAAGGCAGUCCCUAUUCAGCAGAGAACAAGUCAGCUCGCUCCUGGAAUUAGAUCACCACCCCUUCCUACAGAUUAUCUGGUUGAAAUUAACAAAGUUUUACUUUCCAUGGAUGAUGUUGAAUUAUCACUUAAUACUCCAGAGCUAAGCUCUGUUGUCUAUGAAGACUUCUCGUUUCAGGAAGAUUCUCUGAAGAAUAUCAAAGACCAACUGGACAAACUCGGAGAACAGAUUGCAGUCAUUCAUGAAAAACAACCGGAUGUUAUCCUGGAAGCUUCCGGACCUGAAGCCAUUCAGAUUCGGGAUACACUUACUCAGUUGAAUGCAAAAUGGGACAGAAUUAAUAGAUUGUACAAUGAUCGUAAAGGUUAUUUUGAUAGGGCUAUGGAGGAAUGGAGGCAGUUCCACUGUGACCUUAAUGACCUCACACACUGGGUGACAGAAGCUGAAGAAUUGCUGGCUGGUACUUUUGCUCCGGAUGGUGGCCUGGACUUAGAGAAGGCCAAGAUACACCAGCAGGAACUCGAGGAGGGGAUCAGCAGCCACCAGCCCAGUUUUGCAGCACUAAACAGGACGGGGGAUGGGAUUAUACAGAAACUCUCCCCGACAGAUGGAAGCUUCUUGAAGGACAAGCUGGCAGGUUUAAACCAACGCUGGGGUGCAAUCGCUGCAGAAGUGAAGGAUCGGCGGCCAAGGCUAAAAGGAGAAAGUAAGCAGGUGAUGGACUAUAGAAAAAGACUAGAUGAAAUUAUCUGUUGGUUAACAAAGGCUGAGAAUGCUGUACAAAAAAGAUCAACUACUGAACUGGAAGAAAACCUGCAAGAAUUAACAGACUUAACCCAGGAGAUGGAUGUUCAAGCUGAGAAACUCAAGUGGCUGAAUAGAACUGAAUUGGAAAUGCUUUCAGAUAAAAGUCUGAGUUUACAUGAAAGAGAAAAAGUUUCAGAGAGUUUAAGAACUGUAAAUUCAUCAUGGAAUAAGAUAUGCAGAGCGGUGCCUGGUGUGCUGAAGGAACGCUUCCAGGAUCCCUGUUCUAUUGCUCAGACGAGAAUUGCUGCUCAUCCCAGUGUCCAAAAGGUGGUGCUAGCAUCAUCUGCAUCAGAUAUUCCUGUCCUGUCUCCUCGUACUUCAGAAAUUUCAGUUCCUGCUGAUCUGGAUAAGACGAUAACAGAACUAGCCGACUGGCUGGUAUUGAUUGACCAGAUGCUGAAGUCCAACAUUGUCACCGUCGGGGAUGUAGAAGAGAUCAAUAAGACAAUUUCGCGAAUGAAAAUCACAAAGGCCGACUUAGAACAGCGCCAUCCUCAGCUCGAUUAUGUCUUUACAUUGGCACAGAAUCUGAAAAAUAAAGCUUCCAGUUCAGAUGUGAGAACAGCAAUCACUGAAAAAUGUAAGAUUUAA